AACUUCAGUUCGUAGGAUACGUUGAACGGUGCGUCAGAUAUUUUCGAAAAAUUGCUUAGACGUAAAAAUUUUGAAAUUUUUUUCUUUUAAAUCCAAGUACUUUCACAAAACGAAAAAGAAUACGAAUAAAAAAUGCCGUGCAAGUGCGAUCCGUCCAGAAAGUACGAAAAGGAAUGCGGCUGUAGACGUUCACCGGGUGGCCACCCCUCCGCAGCAGUAAACUGCGCAAAAUGUCUAGGCCCCAAAGCCCAGAAGUACAUUCCGCAGAUUCCAGCAGCGAGCAGAGAAGAGAGGUCAGAAAGGGUUGAUAUAAGGGAUGAUAUAAGAAGGCCGUGUGUGUCCAUGGUGUCCCGUAAAAGGGCACCCUGCGCCCGUCCCAUAUCACAGCGUACCCGAAAGAGUACCUGCCCUGCCCAAAAAUCAGAGCAACCCCCGAAGCUACUACCCCCCUGCAUGAAAAGCGACAAGAGGGAAAGGCCUAGGCCUGAAAAAAAAAUUAAAAAAAAAUCCUCAAGUCCGAGGGACGUUGUUUGCGUCGGCGGAAAAGUUGUCAAGGUACCGUGUGGCGUAGCAAAUGUUGAAGAGGACACUGACGCACCCUGCGAUGAAGCUAACCGUAAAAUUUACGCAAUGGAAAAGACAUUAAGCAAGACUCGAUGGGAGGAUGAGGAAGGUCAUCACAUGACUACUGUAACAAUGGGUCAGAUUUAUCAACCGGAUGGACAAGGAGGAGGAAGGACCUGCGCGAGCGACAAGCGUCGAAAUUAUCUAAAGGCAAAGCUGAGGGAACUGGUCGGCGAGUCGCAGCCAAUACCGGAAGUUCUGCCCGAGGGUGUAGAGUCGAAGCCAGAACCGGAAGUCGUGGCAGCCGCGCUCCUCAUGUCGGAGAGCGAAGGAAGCGACCUGAGCAAAGCGAAACCGGGAAAUAUAUUUCACAAAUUAUUUUACGAUCAGGCGACUGACAAAUCUGUGGCAAUCGCCAGUGCCGUACCGGAACCCAUGAGCGACAUGGUGGUACCGGUGAGGGUGCAGGGAAAUCAGGCAGUCACCCUGGACAUUCCGAAUAUUCAAAGAAUCGUUAAAAAAGCCGGCAACGCCUCAGUACCAAAUCCAAAUUUGUUUUUGAUAUCUACGGCACUCGAAAAAAUUCCGGAGGCGUCCGAACGUUCGCCGGACGCUGUGUCUCAAUUCAUCGGAGUGACGUCACAAGGAAAAUCCAAUGGCGCAGAAUCACAAGACCUAAUAACUGAAUACGUAAUCCGACCAGAGCCACCAGCUUACAGAAACAGAUGCCAACUGAACGGCUCCGUCAGACCCAGCUGGUUCCCUGGAUUCGUCGUGGUUUCGCCGAGUCUCCCAGGACACGUCAGACUCAGCGCAGAUCCGGGAGAGGCGCUGCGGGACGCCUGGCGACUGUGCCGUCCGCAUCACUUUGACGAACUUUCAAAAUCCCUAGUGAACACUGGUUAAUCGGGAAAGAAUUUUUUCUCAGUAAAAAAAAAAUCAGGUUUGCUAACCACCAAACGUUGAAAAUUUAAGUUUUCGGACAAGGUUGACCCUGUUAAAAAUGGCGGAUGCACAUAUACAGUUUGAAAAGCAA